AUGAAAACGUCCAUCAUUAAUUAUAUAAAAUCAUGUGUUGUUUGUCAAGCAUAUAAUAUUGGUCGACAAAAAAAUCCAGGUUUUCUUCAACCAAUUACACCUCCUGAUGGACCUAAUCAGUUAAUCGGAACAGAUUUUUGUGGACCAUUUCCAACAACACCACAAGAUAAUCGAUAUGUUUUAUGUCUUACUGAUUAUUAUACAAAAUUUGUUACUGCAGUAGCAUUACCUACAUGUUCUGCAUCUGUUACUGCAAAUGCUAUUUUUAAAGAAUUUAUAUGUCAUUAUGGUGUACCAAAAGCAAUUAUUACUGAUCAAGGUACCAGUUUCAAAAACCAAUUAAUGCAAUCAAUAUCAAAAUUAAUUGGUUAUCAUCACAUAUUUUGCACACCUUAUCAUCCUCAAAGUAAUGGCCAAGUUGAAAGGUUUAAUGCAACAUUUGUUACUCAACUUGCCAAGCUAACUGAUGAUGAAUUAAACAAUUGGGAAGAAUAUUUAUGUUCAAUUAUAUUUGCUUAUAACACUGGUGUUCAUUCAACAACAAACAUGACCCCAUUUAAACUUACAUUUGGACGAAAACCAAAUCUUCCAAUUGACAAUCCACCAACAUCAUUUACAUUUCAUCAUCCAAAUGAUUAUUUUGAACAACUGGUCCGGAAUUUAGAAUAG